AGCUAGCUACAAAAACUGAAGUGAUUAUUAGCCAGUGCCGGUUAGCUAACAUUAUCCGUCUGGAUACCUGCCUACACGGACUGCCUAACUCCUCGAACGUCCGAAUUUGGAGAAAAUGUUGCAUUUAGAAAUAUCACGAUUGUUUUGUGUUUAGUUUUUGUUUCCUGUUUGGUGCACGGAUUUAGACCUCCUCUUCCUCCCCUAUCCUCUCUGCCAGCAAAACAGGAGGCGAGGAGACUGAAUUCACUGGAGUGUGCAUUCGGGAUCCACUCUAACGUCCUGCAGUUUCUCUUCACUGAGAAGACACCAUUGCCUCCCUUCACACAGGAUUUGGUAUCAUGGCAAAAGAUGCUGGUCUGAUUGAAGCCAAUGGAGAGCUGAAGGUUUUCAUCGACCAGAAUCUCAGUCCCACUAAAGGGGUUUUGUCACUGGUGACUGUCCAUCCAUCGUCCGUCCCACUGGGGAAGCAACUGCUGCCCAAAACACUCGGACCUUCCAACGUCAACAUAGCGCCACACAUGGUGAUUGGUACUCCACAGAGGCCCAGUGGCUCCAGUGCCAUCUUGGUGGGCAGCCCACACACACCCAACACCCAGUUCCUCACCCACAGUCAGCCGCCCGACUCCUCACCCUGGUCCACUGGGAAGCGCAGUAAGAAGGGGGAGAAGAAUGGGAAGGGCCUCAGACACUUCUCCAUGAAGGUGUGUGAGAAGGUGCAGAGGAAGGGCAUCACCACCUACAAUGAGGUUGCAGACGAGCUGGUGGCCGAGUUCAGCUCCACGGACAACGUUGUGUCACCCAACGACCCGCAUGUGUACGACCAGAAGAACAUCCGGCGCCGUGUGUACGAUGCACUGAACGUCCUGAUGGCCAUGAACAUCAUCUCCAAGGAGAAGAAGGAGAUCAAGUGGAUCGGACUUCCCACCAACUCCGCCCAGGAGUGUCAGAACCUGGAGGUGGAAAAACAAAGAAGACUUGAAAGAAUCAAGCAGAAACAAUCCCAGCUACAAGAACUCAUUUUACAGCAAAUUGCCUUUAAGAACCUGGUUCAGCGGAAUCGGCAGGCAGAGCAGCAGGCGAACAGGCCUCCCCCUCCUAACUCUGUUAUCCAUCUGCCCUUCAUCAUCGUCAACACCAGCAAGAAGACAGUCAUCGACUGCAGCAUCUCCAAUGACAAGUUUGAAUACUUGUUUAACUUUGACAACAUGUUUGAGAUCCAUGACGACAUUGAGGUCCUGAAGCGGAUGGGCAUGGCCUGUGGGCUGGAGGCGGGGAAGUGCUCCCCAGAAGACCUGAAGAUGGCCCGCAGUCUGGUUCCCAAAGCCCUGGAGCCCUAUGUCACAGAAAUGGCCCAGGGAUCUAUAAACAACGUCUACAUUACGGGUGGGUCCUCCUCCAAUGGGGGGCGCUACCACACUGGCAGUGAGAGUGGUGCCGAUGGCACCCUGGCCUCCAGUUCCAGUGGCUCUCACUACAGCGGCUCGCGGGUCCAGACCCCCGUGUCCUACAUGGGCGACGAGGACGAAGACGACGACUACGAGGAGAAUGACGAUGAGGAUUAACCCGGCCCCUCCCCGCCCCGCUCCCCCACCAUCCUGCCUAGUCCAAGAAGUCAUCCUCCUCCUCUCACUCUUUGUUCUCUCCCUCUCUCUUUCUCUCUCGUUCUC